GUCCCCUUCUGGGGCGAUUUGCUCGGCGCCAUGUUCUCAGAUAGUCACCAGCAAGGUGGUGUUUCCUAGGAUACACUGUGACUGAUAGUGAUGUUCGUUCCUAAAACAGUGUUCAUUCCAGGUCAACAGUUAUUUUGAUGAGGAAAGCUUCGUCUUCGCGGGCAAAGAGACGGAUAUGGCAGGGGCGGUCUUCCCCUAACCGAAACUUUUUUUGGGCUCGAUAGAUCGGCCUUUGAUUGGUCGCUUUGCUUCACAGGCCCACUUCACAGGUCCACCAAGACCCUGCAGCUCUUUUGGUUGAUAUUCACUUGCUUCAUUCACAUUGAAACUUUGAAAGCUCUCAAAUCUCAAUCUAAUUGUCCUCACAGCUCAUUCUUGUACAUUAUUGGAACCACUCAUCAUGUAAUGGCAACGGGUUGGCGACUUAUAGGUAUACCUUGCUGUUAAGGCUCACUCCCAAUUUUGUCUCCCAAUUGUGUCUCAGCCGGCCAUGUUUUCAUCUCGGGCUUUGGCGCCAAUGCGACGUGCUUCACAGCUCGUUGUGCGCAACAGCACGACAGCCCGCCCCUUCCAGCCUCCUGUUCCUCAACUGUUGCUUGGGAAUGUGAACGGUGCUUCCUCGCUCUCGAUGCUCAGACCGACGCCUUCGAAGCCAUCGACACAGCCUCGCCAGAGAUUCAACAAACAGCAGAUCCCGCCCCUUUGGUGGUGGCAGUCUUGUGUCUCCUCGCAGGGUCCUAGCGACUUGACAGGAGAGGACCUCUUCAACGCAGCAAUGCGAUACUGCGAGCUGGCAACCGACAAGAGCUCAAGUUGGCAAGCUAAGCUUGAGAAGGAUUACAACAUUGACAACUAUACCCUCCACUACGCUGGCCUGACGCUACUUAAUCGACCAGGAGACAGUGGGGGGCCGCUUGGUUUCCACAUGCUUCUGACUGCGUCCAAUCUGGGUUAUACGCCUUCUACGCUGUCUGCGAAGAGGCUUAAGUUGACAUCAUCCAAAAGGGAAACGGAUUACCCUCCGAGUCGCCGCCUCGACGCGCGUUUCAAACAGCUGCUCCAGAUUGGCAGUGAUCCCGACGUGCUAACUUUGCAGGGCUUCGAUUGGCUACGCCAGGGUAAUGACGGCUCUGCGUUGAGAUACUUCGACCGGGCCAUUGCAGCCGCCGCAGUCACAAUAAGCAGUGUCGGCACGCCCCAACCUGCCAAGGAUCAAGCACAAAGUGGACAGCAGAACGACAAUCCGGCCGUUCGCGAACCGCGAUGGUUCUAUGAAGCGCUUUGCCACCAGAAUCGCGGGCUUUUACUGCUGCAGCAGGGCCGCAAAGAGGAGGCAAUCGCGGCCUUCAGGAUCGUGGCACUCGAACUUGAUCUCAGAGAAGGCUAUCUCGAGCUGGCCAAGCUCCUACCGCGGGGUUCCCCAGAGCGAGAGACGUACCUUUUGAAGACGGCCCAGGCCGGCAACUUUGAGGCCUGCCACUUGCUUGCGCUCGACUUGGCCGACAGGGCGAACGAGCCCGGUCUGUCCCAGGCUGAACGCGAGGAAGCUGCAUAUAUGGCCCAGGAAUGGGCCUGGCAGGUCCCGAACGUAGGCGAGGGGAAAGGUCUGUUGUCUACCAUUGCCGAGAAGGUGAAAGACAUCGUGAGGUUGCGAAGUGAUUUCGCGCCUUACGUGGAUGGCCACGGAGAGUCUCCUGUCUCGAUUCGGUGACAGGCAGGAUGGGUGCCUUCACAUCAUGCCCCAGCCAACCAAUUUUGUGGCCGCCCCCUGCUGUCUGGGCUUUGUGUAAACCCAACGCUGGUCUUUCUUUUUCUGCACACAUAUAUGGUCAGACAUGGACCCAGCUAGCGACAUUUCUCGCCGGCCUUUACAGUAGUAAUAUCAAUCGAGGUCAUCGUUAACGUUCAGGUUAGGUAGACACUGAUUGCUCAGCCCGCUAUCAAGACAAGUAGGUCUGAAGUACCGGCAACCGUUCUUCGUCGCGAUUUGUAUCGUGAUCGAGCAAGCCGACUUAUGAUUGUCCGCACGCCCAGGCUCUCGUAAGGCCCCAUCCAAAAUCGGGGUUGACCGAGGAUUUGUCCGGUAUCAAGGUUAUCCAUAUGUGCAGUUGAUGCAUCGUGUCUGGC